AUGUAAUAAUAGAAUUAAGGAUCCAAAAUUCCAGGUAUCGAAAAAAGAAUAAACAAAAUUGGUAAGCCGAAGGGAAUGAAUUCUUCCAAGCCUUUAGAUAAAACUGAUGCUUGGAGUUCUAAUUAGUAAAGUACACAAGUUAUUUAAACUCUAUCACGUUUGGGAAGAUUUAUUUGUUUUUAACAAACAGGCACAAAAAAACCAAAACCUGACUAGAAUUUAGUACGCAACUAUAAAGCCAAAACAAACAUUUAAGAUGCCCCAGGCAUAUUUCUUAACAAUAACCAAAUAUAAUUAGCCAAACAAAUAGGGGUUCAUUGUGAAAUUAUUGAAAAAUCAAAGAAAAACUGUGUUGUUUUCUUUUUUGGAUUCACUUAUCCUGAAUUUGAAAUUGUUGAAGGCAAACCUAAACUAGUGAAUAAAUUUGAUAAUUUUACGAAUUACCCUCCUUUAUUAAAGAUAGCACCGAUGUUAACCUAGAAGUUUUUAAUUGAAUAUGUCCAUUAUUUGGAAUGUUAGGGUGAUGAAUUAAAGUUUUCUGGAUUGUAUUCUGUAUCUAAAAAUAAAAAUUUGAAAAGCGCAGAUACUCUAUUAUAAUGUCUUUUUACAAAAUACAUAACUGAACUCAAAGAACUUGAAGAAACAGAAAAUAAAAAGAAUUUUGAAUAAUAAAUAGAAAAUUAUUACCUCAACUUUUAUAAUCUACCAGAAACAAAGACUUAAUAUGAAAAAGCUGUUAUUGACUUGUUGGCAUGCAUGCAAAAAGAGGAUGAUGAUUAUGAUUAAUAAUACAUAUAAUAUCAAUGA